GCUGGGUAUUCCUUUGCCACGGGGGGUGUUUGCGGUGGUCCCGGGGGUAGUUUCGGGGGUGUCAGGCGUAUUUGGCAUUGUUUGUGUUGUUGGAAUGCGUGGUGCUGGACUGUUUGGGUACUGCUGGUUUUGUUAAUGUCGAGGCUAGCUUGGAUCUAGUCGGCGUGUGCUGGUGGAAUUUUCUCGAAAUUUGGUUAGUUUGAGGUGGUUGCUGAUGGUACGCGGGCCCGAAUGGGACGGUUCUAGGCCACUCCGGGUGGUUUCGUUGAUGGAGGCCGCGUUUUUGCCCGUCUUUCGCUUCAGUGCUAAACAAAAUGGCCGAUUGGUCGCUCCCCAGGAAGCCUCGCAAGAGCAACUUUUCCACCGAUGAAGUAGACGUCCUUGUGGACUCGGUUAAGGCCCACUAUAACGUCCUCUACGGCAAAUUCGCCAAAAGGGCCACCAACAGAUGGAUCAGGCAGAAAGCGUGGAUGGACAUUUUGAAAAAAGUCAACGGCGUCAGCAUCGAGAAGCGAACGUUACAAGAAGUUAAAAACAAGUGGAAGAAGUGUCAGUACGCGAUGAAGGAGAAAGUGAGCAAGGGGGGCCUGGCGGACGACCCGGGCGAGAGUUCGUGGGACGACAUGGAUUCGAUGCCGUUGCAAGAGAGGCUGAGUAAGGUGGCGGCGCAGGAGAAGAUGGCGGCGGGGGCGGCGGGGCCGUUGAAGAGCCAGCCGCUGUCGCCCACCAAGCUGAAGGUGACGCGGCAGAGCCCCAAGGCCAAGCAGGUGGAGCCGCCGCAGAGUCCGGUCAACGAGGAGAUGUGUCUGAGGUGGAAUAGUCACCAUAGCAACAUGCAGACGGCGUUCCCGAAUAUUCUGAGCAAGGAGCAGUACGUGGACGUGACGCUAGCGGCGGAGGGGAAGACGCUUAAGUGCCAUAGGCUUAUUCUUUCAUCGUGUAGUCCGUACUUCGAGGAGAUCCUAAGCGGGAUUAGCCCCUUCCAGCACCCCGUUCUCUUCAUGCGAGACAUACCGUUCUGGAUUUUGAAAUCUUUGUGUGAUUUUAUGUACGCUGGGGAAGUACACAUUUUUCAAAACAAGCUCGAAGAGCUGUUGACGGUCGCAGAAGCGCUGAAAAUUAAAGGUUUGGCAGGUAAAUCCACGCCGCCAGAAAACCAAGAGGAGAAUCCGCAGAAGAGUGAGAAUAACAACUCAAAUAAUAAUAGUAGUACUAAUAACAAGGAGAAGAAGAAGCAGCCGCAAGAAAAAGAAAAAACGCAACAACAGCCUCCUUUGAAAAAGAAUCCCGUUUUUACACAAACCAAUAAUUUCGAAUCGACUAGUCACGACUAUGACGAUGAUCUCUUGGAUCCGCUAGAUCUGUUGGAACCUCUGUAUGAAGAGGCAGCUGAAGAGAAGAAGCCGGCCAGUACUGUGGUGAAGCCGAAGGAGAAUAAGUAUCAGUAUCAACCUAUGAAGAAGCCGUUUACGAGGAGGCUGCGGAAGAGGAAGUACUCGGAGCAGAGAGAGCCCGUGAGUAGAACUUCUUCCCCUCCGCCCGUCUUCUCUUUCCGCAAGGGCACCAGAUCCCGGCCCAACGUGAAAAUCCCCAAGUACUACCACAGCGACUACAGCAACCCCACCAAGCCCGCGUCCAACGCUCAAACCGACCCCCUCCUCGACGUCGAUGAGAUCAAAACCGAGCCCAUCGACGUCGAAGACAACCUGAUCGUCUACAGCGACGAGGACCAUUACAUGGAGAACUCCCUGGAGCCGGCCAACUGCGACAGCCCCAUCAUAAUAACGAGCACAAAACCGGCUGUCCCCCCUCAACCCGACAAGUUCAAAAAAAUCAAACUCUCCAAGCCGAUCAUAACCGAAGUGCACACGAUCGAGGAGUCGAACACGACCGCCGGCGGCUUGGAGGUGAUCAAAAUCACCGUCCAGCAGCCGGAGGAGUUGAACAAGAAGGUGGACAGAGGGGACGAGGGCGACCCGUUGCUGGGGGUGAUCAUAACGGAGAACGUGGAAGGGGUGGAAGAACCCGCGGUCGUCAUGGAGACGGAGGAGGCACCGGCCGAGGUGGUCCGAGUCGCAGAGGACGGCCAGGUUGAGGAAGUGGAAGGGGGUCGAGAGGAGACUGAGACUGGGGAGGGGGUAGGAGAGAGUGGGACUGAGGAGGUAGCUAAGGAGGUUCCGGUGCCCGUACCGGAAAUACCGGAAAUAAAAAUUGCUGAUGUGAGUACGGUGGAAGAGGAGCAGCAGCCAGAGGGGGAUGUGCAACAAGUGGAGGGGGUUGAGGUACAAGAGGGUGAUCAGCAGGUUGAUCAACCUGUGGAAGAGACUGAGCAGCAGAAUGAGGUGCAACAGGAGACGGAAGAGGUCAAUCAGCAGGAAGAGCAGCAGCCGGAAGAGGUCAAUCAGCAAGAAGAGCCACAUCCAGAAGAGGUCAAUCAGCAGGAAGAGCAACAACCAGAAGAGGUCAAUCAGCCGGAAGAACAGCAACCAGAAGUGGUUGAAGAGGUUACUCAAGAAGAGCCGGUGGAAGCGACUGAUCAACCUCCAGAGGAGAUUCCACAGCAAGAAGCAGAGGUUAAUGAACAUGUGGAUGAACGUGUGGAUGAACGUGUGGAUGAAGGACUUCAAGAAAUAGAAGGGAUUGAUCAGAUUGAUCAACCAAUGGACGAGAUGAGUGAUCUUCAGCAACAAUCAUUGGAGGAGGUUGAUCAGCUGGUGGAAACCGUCGAGCAGCAAAUGGAUGAGGACGAUCCACAAGGAGGAAUGACAUCUCUAGAUCACUUGGAGAAAGAAGCUAUGAAUGUAGUUAAUGUAAUCAAUAUGGAAAAUCAAGCUGGACCGCCUGACAUUGAAUGAUAUCUCUCAGAAUUAGGAAUUGAGUUUUAAUCCGUGGAGUCACUCCGUCUGAUUAAAACUACUAUCUGUACAAGAAACGAAUGGUGGAUAGUAUGGGAAAUGGCGCCCGAUGGGAGGGUUUAUGGUGCUCCCACUCUUCGUCCACAGUUCAAGCUUCAUGUAUAGAUACGGUAUUCCUAAAAGUGUUGUCACCUUGUAAAUAAGAUUUUGUUUUUAUUUCAGCAAGAAUGUGUAUUACUUUGUUGUUUUAUUUUAUAGAAUUUCAAAAAAAGUUCUUUUUAUAAUUGUAAUUAGAGUGUAAUAAUAUCGAUAAUGUUUACUGAAA